ACAGCUGACUACCGCCAGAUUUGAAGUACCACCAUGUUCAGUGUUUGUAAUCUUCAUUUAAGAAAUUGAUGUAGUAUUUAUUCAUAGAUGAACAUUGUCCUCGUCAUUAUCUACACACUUGUCUAUGUCAGGAAUAACGUUCAAGCCAUGUAACGAUCUGCAGUCAAAGUGAAAACAACAUCGUGCUUUCUGUUACACUGAUAGCCGUGAUAGGCCUAAACGUCUUUGAAUCAGAAGCACCUACAUUAUGUCCUCUGUUACGAUGGACCAGGUACCUGAGCUAGAUGAUGCACCCUCUGGUUCCUCAGUAACCACUCCAGUCUACCACAUUGAAAUCUGCCAAAGCCCAUCUAGCACAGCAAAAGGAAAUAUCAUAAAGGAACAUGUACUUGGCCUACUACACAGACAGAAGGUUGCCUAUGGUGAUUUUGUUCUGACAGAAUUUGAUGAUCCGUUCCUACAUGAACAUGUCAAGUCAGUAGCGCUUUGUGAUUCUGACCUCAGUGGCUCAAAUAGACAGACAAUAGACCUAUGUGGGAGACAGCUGCGGCUACAUGUGUUCCAGCUACAGGAGGAUGGUCCAGGGAUGGAGGAGCUAGAUGAGGAGGACCUUGCUGCAGCCACUCACUGGCUUCUCCCUGCCCGCGAUCUUCAUGGCAUGUGGGAUAGCCUGGUAUUUGAUGAAGACGUCAAGGGUCAGUUACUGAACUACGCCACAACUACACUAUUGUUCUCAGACAAACAAGUGGACAGCAAUGUGAUCACCUGGAACAAAGUCAUACUCCUUCAUGGUCCUCCUGGCACGGGUAAGACAUCCCUAUGUAAGGCCCUGGCACAGAAGUUGGUGGUGCGUCUCUCUGACCGCUACAGCUACGGUCAGCUAAUCGAGAUAAACAGCCACAGCCUCUUCUCCAAGUGGUUCUCAGAGAGUGGUAAGCUGGUAAUGAAGAUGUUUCAGAAGAUACAGGAACUCAUUGAUGACCAGGAGGCCAUUGUGUUUGUGCUCAUUGAUGAGGUUGAGAGUUUAACAUCGGCAAGAAAGAGUGCUAUGUCUGGUAGUGAACCAUCAGACGCCAUAAGGGUGGUCAACGCCCUUCUUACACAGCUUGAUCAGAUCAAGAGACACCCUAAUGUGAUGAUCCUGACCACCUCCAACGUGACGGGCGCCAUUGACCUGGCCUUUGUAGAUAGGGCUGACAUCAAACAGUACAUAGGACCCCCGUCUCCGGCAGCCAUCUUUAAAAUAUUCCACUCUUGUAUCAGUGAACUGAUGAGGGUUGACAUCAUCAGCCCUGCUCAACAGCUGUUAGAUCUAAGGGGCCUGGAAGCUAUGAGGUUCAUGGAAAAUGAUGCCACCAAGAGUAGCUUGAUGCUUCGUGAUAUUGCAAAUAAGGCUCAUGGACUCAGUGGGCGCACAUUGAGGAAGCUGCCUUUCAUUGCCCAUGCCAUGUUUAUUCAGAGUGCAUCUGUAACGUUAGAGGAAUUCUUAGUAGCACUGGGACAAGGAGUAGAGAGACAAUUCCAGGAAAGAGAAGAUUUGACAAAGGAAUGACCUGACUGAGAUUAUAGUUACCUGUUAAUCCUGGUCAUGGCCACCAUUGUGUAAUAAACCUGCGACAAAAACUAUGUGCUAUGAAACAGUGAGCCAUGCUAUCAAACAGGAGGCAACUACGCUUCAAAUUGUCUCCCUUUAAUGCUGAUGUGAUCUGUACAGAGAAGUUAAAGAAGACAAAGGACUGUGAUUGUUGUGCACUGAAAUGAUCAAUUAUUUAUGAUAUAAUUAAGCAGUGCUCCAGAGUUAAACCAGAAUCCAUUAGUACAUGUUGUAGUGCUACAAGAACUAUAAGUACUACCUCAAUCAAGUCUACAUAUAACUAGUAUUAUUCUGCAGGACUUAGUGUCUAAGUUUAUCUCAAAGUCCUAUCCUGUGAAAUAGGCUUAAAUAUGUUUAUUGUGUAGUUACUCGGGGAGAUAUAAGUAUUACCUGUAAUAUGAUUUUCCCCACACACCUGUAAAGCAUAAUAUUGUUCGCACAUUCAUAAAUUUAUAAACAAGAAAUUUCUUAACAAAAAUAAUUAUUCAGUAAAAGCAAUAUAGGGGUGUAAGUUGACUAAAAAUUGUUAUCAUUAUGAGUGCUAUUUUAAAGACAAACGUUCACACACAUUGUAUUUAUGUUUACAGUAGCCCAGUAUUAGCUGGUUAUCAUGGGAUUUUCUUGUGAUCCAGAUAUUUUACCCACACUGGUGGCGAGUAGCAUUUAGUUGUUGCACAAGUAAGCAUAUCCACUGAGAAGUAAUUAAAUGAAACUCACAUCCUUGAAUUUAAAGAAAUGUCAUCUUGAUAAUUUUGCUCAUUCUACAUAUAAUUACUGUAUAUUAAUCCUUUUUAGUGAAAUGAACACCUUUGGUGUUUAACAGAACCAUGGAAAGUAAUCCGCCAAACUUUUAACAGUAAAAAAUGCCACUAAAAGUAUAUAUAACUUUUCACAGUAAAAUACGCCACUAAAAGUAUAUAUAACUUUUCAAUGUAAAAUGAAAUGUGUAUCACAAAACCUUAAUAAUAAUAUUGAAAUAGAAGCUUUCAACCAUCUAUAUUGGACCAAUGUCGCUUUACAUUGAAAUCUUGAUUUCCUUGUCAUUAUCCUAUACACAGCAGUAUAUCCAUUACAUAGAGAUGUACUAUAUACAGCAGUAUAUCCAUUACAUAGAGAUGUACUAUACACAGCAGUAUAUCCAUUACAUAGAGAUGUACUAUACACAGCAGUAUAUCCAUUACAUAGAG